AAGAUGAGAUGUCGACCAUCUUGAGGCCUGUGGUUGACACAGUACCUCAAACAACCAGAUGAGCAGCACGCCCACGCCCAUGGACUUCAUGAUGCCGGUGUAGUGGUCCAGCAGGGCCUGCCGGCAGCCCCCCUCCCACAGGUUCUGUUGCUGGCUCCGAGCGUCAUAGUUGAAGUGGGCGGAGCUGUUGCUGACCUGGUGUUGGAUGCACGGGCGGGGAGAAAAGGUACUGCAACAGCUGAAUGGAACACCGUCAAUCAAGUACUUCCCCUGCACGUUACUCCUUAGACGUCUGCAAGGGACGAGGAACAACUCUUAGAUGGGGACCAAAAGGGGCCCAAGAGGACACAGAAGAACCAGCAAGCCAUUGACCAUUGAAGACAAAGAGGGACCAAUGAGGACGAAGAGGGACCUGUGAGGAUGAAGAGGGACCGGUGAGGACGAAGAGGGACCGGUGAGGACAAAGAGAGACCUGUGAGGACGAAGAGGGACCAUUGAGGACAAAGAGGGACCAUUGAGGACAAAGAGGGACCAUUGAGGACAAAGAGGGACCAUUGAGGACAAAGAUGGACCAUUGAGGACGAAGCUGGACCUGUGAGGACGAAGCUGGACCUGUGAGGACGAAGCUGGACCUGUGAGGACGAAGCUGGGCCUGUGAGGACGAAGCUGGGCCUGUGAGGACGAAGCUGGGCCUGUGAGGACGAAGCUGGGCCUGUGAGGACGAAGAGGGACCAGUGAGGACGAAGAGGGACCAGUGAGGACGAAGAGGGACCAGUGAGGACGAAGAGGGACCAGUGAGGACAAAGAGGGACCAUGGAGGACAAAGAGGGACCAUGGAGGACAAAGAGGGACCAGUGAGGACAAAGAGGGACCAGUGAGGACAAAGAGGGACCAGUGAGGACAAAGAGGGACCAGUGAGGACAAAGAGGGACCAUGGAGGACAAAGAGGGACCAUGGAGGACGAAAAGGGACCAGUGAGUGCUCCUUACUCCACCACGCUGCUGCUGCUCAUAUCCAGAUAUCGGUUACUGAUCCACUGGACCCGGAACCAGUCCCGGUAUCCCGUGUUUCCACAGCACUGGAACUGGAUCUGCAGCAAGUCCAAGGUCUUCUUCAGGUAGCAGCGACCCGGCGUAUCGGUGUCCUUGUAGUGGCGCAUAGCGUGCCGCAGUCCCAGGAAGAGCGACUCCUGCAGCUGGCCGCCCACGCUGUAACACAUCAGCGCCCCCACCAGGACGCAGAACGUGAAGAAGAAGGUGCAGACCACGUAGGGCAUCAUGACCAGCUUCCAGCGUAAGAACUUGUUUGGGUCAGCACAGUCCAGACAGAUCUUCCCGCCCAGGAAGUUGAUGCAGCAAGCGGCCAGGCCCGUGGCGAUCAGCAUAUGUGGCACAUGAAGGACCCCCCGGUCUGACAUCACUUCCUGCCAUUUCUCGAUCUCCACUUUCAGGAACAAACCCACCCAAAAGAGGGCGGCGCCGGUCACCACCGAGACCCAGUUUAGAAUGCAGAGGAUCUCAGCGAGCUUCUCUCUCUCUGCCUUGCUAAAAGUCACUUUGCAGACCGCCAUGAUGUUGUGGAUCACAUGUGCAGGGUCACCAGCGGCCCCACAUGCCGCGUGCGCUCCUCGCGGCCAUCUUGGUUCUCUGCUAGGGAACCUUGCAACUCAGCGAACAAGAACAUCAGUUGAAAGGUCGAGGACUCAAUCGGGAAGGUAGGACGGUCCUUGGUAGAUUGCCUGCUCCAAUCAGAUUCCACUUUAGUGUCCUUAGCUCCGCCCAGUCGAUCAUGGUUGACUCAACUUUAAACACAAAACUCACGGAGAGAGCGUCAUACAUCAACGACUGUCAUACUGUUCUUGAAUGACUUGUCAUGUAUGACGAGAACAUCAUACGUGGAGCAAGCGUCGUAUGCCCUAUGUGGCAUGAGCCAUCGUCAUACAUGAGGGAGUGUCAUACGUGAACCAUCGUCAUGUGAUGUGAGCCAACCUCAUAUGUGGAUGAGCGUCAUGCGUGAUCCAGAGUCAUACGUGAUGCAACCGUCAUACGUGAACGAACGUCAUAUGUGAACCAGCAUCAUACAUGCGAGCGUCACGAGUGUAGCAAGCGUCACGUGUGAGUAAGCCUCAUACGUGGAGUGACCGUCAUACGUGCGCGAGCGUCAUAAGUCAACGUCAUGCAUGAUGGGCGUGGACGUCAGACAUGAGCGGCCGUCAUACGUGAAGUGAGCACAUAUGUCGGCGAGCAACCGUCAUACGUGGAGUUAAGUGUCACAUGUGACAAUGUGAUUGAGCUUCAUAUGUGGAGUGGACGUCAUACGUGACAUGAGCAUCAUACAUGACGGGAGUGAGGGACACGUGGAGCGGACGUCUUAUGUGAGGCGGGUGUCAUAGCGAGCGUCAUUUGCGGAGCGGGCAUCGUACACGAGCGUCAUCCACGGCGCGAGUGUCAUACGUGCUCGUCCGCUGUCGAACAGGACAUGGCGGACGUGAAAGGUCAAAGUUCAGUCCAUCGAUAGAGGCGAAAGAGGCGACGCUCGCUCCUCAGAUAAGAAGCUUAGCGGGUAUUUCAAGGUGACGUUUCGUCACGCAGGCAGGAUGUGACCUUGGGGACGGAAGGUGAAAGUUAGCCAACUGAAUUCCAAACAAUCAGAAGACAUUUUCCAAAGCAUCACCUUCAAACAUCUUCAUCGAAGAUUUGAUUUGAGUUCAUUGACUUCUUCAGCUAGAAGAUCUGUCCCUGAAGAGACGUGCGAGGACAUCGCUUGAACGGCCACUAAAACACAAACAGACGUCACGUCAUUGCAACCCGAAAAGCCGAGUGAGGAUGAAAACAUGAAGGUCACGGUGAUGGAGAGCCGCUCUAACACACAAAAGCUUUACCGUCCAGCAGCGGGUCAUUAGUUGUUCUCGGCGGGACCAGGGAAGCAAGUACUGAAUCUGAGUAGACGCUGAGCGGCCGUCAUGUGCUCCUAAUCUCCUUACAGCUAAUCAGCCUCAUAAGAAGCUAGCAAAUCUCCAGGCUCCACCUGGGUGCCCCAUGGCCACGCCCUCCAAUGCCGCACUGACCCAGUAGAGUCCAGACCCAUCCAGGAAGUUAGUUAGGUCAGAAUCCUGGCAAAGAACAGGAUUUGUGGGUCGAUAAUUAAUUUGCAAGUCACUUCCUGUUGUUGCGUGAGGCGUUUCCUCCUGACAAACGUUUUUUUUUUUGUUAGUGGUGGUCCCUGAGUUUUAGUUUGCCUUCUGUUCUGCGACAAUGCAUGUAGUUCCGCCAUCUUGCCACUAGAUGUCAGACAAUAACAAAAAAGAGGCCCUGUCACUCUUGGCUGAGUCCUGGUAAAUGAUGGAAAUGGAAUUGGUCCAUUAUUGAUUUUUUAUAUCCAUUAUCUUAUAUAUUAAUUAUUCUUCCUCUUCCAACUCCUUUGAACUUCAUAAUCUUAUUUUGUUCUGACAUCCGGUACAAUGAAGAAAUGAAUAAGUCGUGUCUGUCGGCCUUUGUGAAUUGUUACCAUUUGCUGUUAUCCGUUGACACCGUCGUCUGUUGUCACCGUCGUGACGACUCACGCGUCGGUUCUCGUCUCCUCCUGGCUCCUGUGGGCCCGUGAUGUGACGUCACGUAUCCCUGCGUUUCCGGCAGGGAAGGUUGGGCUGUCCCUCUCGGUUUUAUCAAGUGACAACAACCUAAAGGGGUCAACAUCCGGGAGCAUUUGCUUCUGUAUGCACACUAAAACAUAGAUAUGUAUUUUGGCAAAUUGCAGAUGAGGUUAAUAGUUGUAAUAUGGUUAUGUAAUGUUGUAUGAUGUCAACCAUUGAAAGAAAUGACGCAAAUUCCCCAUUAAACUUCACCGAGGACUUCACUGAGGACCAGCGUCUAACGUCUUUUGCUGUGAAAGUCCCCCGUACCGGAAGUGGUUUGAACUGUCGUCAUCUUGUCCUGGAAGAGCCGAGUCGACCUGGAUUCAGCCAUAUUCCUGCUGAUCAGCCACACCGGUGGCCCGCCUGGAAAGCGCCAAAAAACCCGAACAGAAACCCUCCAGCACGCCCUCCCACGGCGUCCUAGGGGGGGCCGCCGACUGAGUGACUCGGUCCGGGUGGAGCCGGGCGAGGUCCCGAGCUUUUAGGCCGUCGGCCAACAUGGGGCAGCGGCGGCUAACGUGAGGAGACAUCGCGGUAGAGGAAAGUCCAGAUUUGCGGUGGGAUUAAAGCACACUCGGACGCGGGCCUGUCGGUUGAACGGAUCGACGCAUAACGGACUGACGGUAACCCGCGGAGAACCUCCACGACGACGCCGCACCAUCGGGAAUGUUGUCGCGGAGCUAACGAGAAGGCGGCUAUUGGAGCUUAGCAGCAAACGAGCCUAAAAGGAGGCUAACGGGCGGCCACUGCGCGAGGAUGUCUGCCCAGGUCCGACUGAAGCGGCUGGAGGAGUCGCUGCUGGAGCGGAAGGUGGAGGGAUGUCUGAGCGUGGAGACCCUGCUGGACCUUCUCAUCUGCGUGCACAGCGAGUGCUCCAACUCGCCCCUCAAGAGGGAGAAGCACGUCAGCGACUUCCUGGCGUGGGUGAAACCCUUCACGUCCGCCGUCAAAGACAUGAGACUGCACAGAGACGACUUUGAGAUGUUGAAGGUGAUCGGGCGAGGAGCUUUUGGCGAGGUUGCCGUGGUGAAGAUGAAGCACACGGAGAGAGUUUACGCCAUGAAGAUUCUCAACAAGUGGGAGAUGUUAAAGCGAGCAGAGACGGCGUGUUUCCGUGAGGAACGAGACGUGUUGGUGAAAGGAGACAGCCAGUGGAUCACGACGCUGCACUUUGCGUUCCAGGACGACAACUACCUUUACCUUGUGAUGGAUUAUUAUGUGGGUGGAGAUUUGUUGACACUGCUCAGCAAGUUUGAGGAUCGCCUGCCAGAAGACAUGGCCAAGUUCUACGUGGCUGAGAUGGUGCUCGCCAUCCACUCCAUCCACCAGCAGCACUACAUCCACAGAGACAUUAAACCUGACAACGUCCUGCUGGACGUCAAUGGCCACAUUCGACUCGCCGACUUUGGAUCUUGCCUGCGUAUGAUGGAGGACGGCACGGUGCAGUCUUCUGUUGCCGUGGGCACGCCAGACUAUAUUUCUCCAGAGAUCCUGCAGGCCAUGGAGGACGGGAUGGGCCGCUAUGGUCCGGAGUGUGACUGGUGGUCCCUGGGCGUGUGCGUGUACGAGAUGCUCUAUGGAGAGACGCCCUUCUACGCCGAGUCUCUGGUGGAAACCUAUGGCAAGAUAAUGAACCAUGAGGAUCGUUUUCAGUUUCCCUCCAAUGUGAGCGAUGUGUCCGAUUCGGCAAAGGAUCUCGUCCAAAGGCUCCUGUGCUCCAGCGAGCAUCGGCUCGGCUUGAACGGGAUCGACGACUUCAAGAGCCACCCUUUCUUCAGCGGCAUCGACUGGGACAAUAUCCGCUCCGCUGAAGCGCCCUACAUUCCGGAUGUGUCGUCUCCCACAGACACGUCCAACUUUGAUGUGGACGAUGACGUCCUGAAGAACCCGGACAUCAGUCCGCCAGUGUCUCACACUGGUUUCACUGGGCAGCACCUCCCAUUUGUGGGCUUCACGUACACCACUGACAGCUGCUUCUCGGACCGUGCCUCUGUCCGCCGAGCAGAACUCUGCAGGGAAGAGGGAGGCGGCGGGCAGGAGGUGGAGGCCUUUGAAAGGAGGAUCCGCAGUCUGGAGCAGGAGAAGCAGGAACUCAACCGCAAAUUGCAAGAGUCCACUCAGGCCCUGCAGGCGCCGCAUCGGGGAGGGACGCUCAGUCGAGACAAAGAAAUCAAGAAGCUGAAUGAGGAAAUCGAGCGUCUAAAGAAGAAGCUGGCAGACUCCGAUAGGCUGGAGCAUCAGCUGGAGGAGGCGGUCACUCUGAGACAAGACUACGAGAGCUCUGCCUCUAAAGUGAAGAGCCUGGAAAGACAGGUGAAGACCCUCAAACAAGAGAAGGAUGACGUCCACAAGCAGCUCUUGGAGUCUCUGGAGCGUCUGAGGAGCCAGUCCAAAGAACUUAAGGAGGCUCAUUCUCAGAGGAGGUUGGCCCUGCAGGAGUUCUCCGAGCUGUCGGAGAGGAUGGCCGAGCUGCGCUCCUCAAAGCAGCGUCUGUCACGUCAGCUUCGAGACAAAGAGGAGGAGCUGGAUGGCAUCCUCCAGAAGAUGGAAGUCAUGAGGCAGGAGAUCCGCAAGACGGAGAAGAAUCGCAAGGAGCUGGAGGCUCAGUUGAAUGAGGUGACGGCGGAGGCAUCCAAGGAGAGGAAGCUGAAGGAGCACAGCGAGGUUUACACCAAACAGCUGGAGACUGAGCUGGAGAGUUUGAAGUCUCAACAGGGACGAGGAGCAGCGGCAGGAGGGGCGGAGUCCCAGCAGGAGCUGUCUCGGUUGAAGGCGGAGCUCGACAAAAAGGUUCUGUUCUACGAAGAGGAGUUGUUGAGGAGAGAGUCUGCACAUUCUUCUGAGCUGAAGAACCUGCGUAAAGACCUCCACGAGUCGGAAUGUUUGCAGCUGGCCACCAACAAGGAGCUGCAGCAGAUCAGGGACAGGUUGGACAAGGACAAGCGGGACAGACAAGCGGAGAUGGACGAAGCCAUUGCUGUCCUGAAGGAGAAACACGAGCGAGAGAAAAACCUCCAGAUGGAAGAAAACCGCAAACUGAUGACCGAGACAGACAAGUUGUGUUCCUUCGUGGACAAGCUGACUGCUCAGAAUCGUCAGUUGGAGGAUGAACUUCAGGAUCUGUCUUCCAAGAAGGAGAGUGUUGCUCACUGGGAGGCUCAGAUCGCUGAGAUCAUUCAGUGGGUGAGUGAUGAGAAGGAUGCUCGCGGUUACCUUCAGGCUUUGGCCACCAAGAUGACAGAAGAGUUGGAGACUCUACGCAGCUCCAACCUGGGGACCAGACCUCUGGACCCCCUGUGGAAGGUGCGUCGCAGUCAAAAGUUGGACAUGUCUGCCCGCCUGGAGCUGCAGUCGGCUCUGGAUGCCGAGAUCCGAGCCAAACAACUGGUUCAGGAAGAACUACGCAAGGUCAAAGCUUCCAACAUGGCACUGGAAAGUAAGCUGAAGGAGUCGGAUGAGAGGAGCAGAGAGAUGGUGGAGCAGAUGGAGAGUCUGAAGAAGGAAGUGGACGACACCCGCUCACGCUCAGACAAGGCGCUGAACCUUCCAGACUUCCAAGACGCCAUUUUUGAAUACUUUAAUACCUCUCCGUUGGCGCCUGACCUCACCUUCAGAACUGCUGAUAUAGACUCCACCCCCCUGAAAACCGACACCACGCCCCCCUCGUCCUCCGCCUCCGAGAAUGAGGAUUUGAAGGCGUUGUCGGUCUCAGCGAGCCCCUCCCUCACCUACCAAAGUUCAUCUGUGACCCCACUAAAGCCCAAAGCUCACCAGCUCAGCAUUAAGACCUUCUCCAGUCCGACCCAGUGCACCCACUGCACCUCCCUCAUGGUGGGGCUCAUGCGGCAGGGAUACGCCUGCGAAGUCUGCUCCUUCAUCUGUCAUGUGACCUGCAAAGACCACGCCCCGCUGGUUUGCCCAAUCCCGGCUGAGCAUGCCAAGAGGCCGCAAGGCGUCGACGUCUUAAGAGGCAUCGGUACCGCCUACAAGGGCUACGUCAGGAUUCCCAAGCCCAGCGGCGUGAAGAAAGGUUGGCAGCGAGCGUUCGCCGUGGUGUCCGACUGCAAACUUUUCCUUUACGACGUUCCGGAGGGGAAGUCCACCCAGCCUGGGGUGGUGGCCAGUCUGGUGCUGGAUCUCAGGGAUGAAGAGUUCUCCGUCAGCUCCGUCUUGGCGUCCGAUGUCAUCCACGCCACCAGGAAGGACAUCCCUUGCAUCUUCAGGGUGACGUCAUCGCAGCUCAGUUCCUUGCUGUGUUCCGUGUCUCUGCUGGUUCUGGCGGAGAGUGAGACGGAGAAGAGGAAGUGGGUGCGCAUCCUGGAGGGCGUCCAGAGCAUCCUCACCAAGAACUCGGUGAAGAAUCAGCAGGUCCACAUCCUGCAUGAAGCCUACGACGCCUCGCUGCCCAUCAUCAAGAGCACGCUCUCUGCCGCUGUGCUGGACCGGGAGCGGGUCGCCCUGGGAACCGAGGACGGGCUGUUUGUGGUGGAGGUGACCCGAGACGUGAUCGUGCGGGCGGCGGACAGCAAGAAGGUUUAUCAGAUCGAUCUGAUCCCGAAGGAGAAGAUCUUUGCGCUGCUGUGUGGGCGAAACCGCUACGUCCACCUUCACCCUUGGGGGGUGCUGGAGGGCAGCGAGUCCACUUUUGACGUCAAGCUGACGGAAACCAAAGGAUGCCAAGCUCUCACCACGGGGGUCCUGCGGCCCGGCGGCGCCGCGUGUCUGCUGGCUGCUGUGAAGCGGCAGGUUCUGUGCUUCGAGAUCACUCGUGCCAAACCACAUCACAAGAAGCUGUGGGAGGUGCAGGCCCCCGGCACGGUGCAGUGGCUGGGGAUGGUUCGGGAGCGGCUCUGCGUGGGCUACCCUUCGGGCUUCGCGCUUCUCGCCCUUCAGGGCGAGUCGUCGCCCAUCAGCCUGGUGAGCCCAGCCGAUCCGUCGCUGGCGUUCUUGGCCCAGCAGCCCCUGGACGCCCUGCAUGCAUUGGAGGUGGGCUCCAGCGAGCUGCUGCUCUGCUUCAGCCAGCUUGGCGUCUUCGUGGACGGACAAGGACGCCGCUCGCGGACCCAAGAGCUUAUGUGGCCCGCCACACCGCUUGCCUGCAGCUCCAACUCCUCCCACCUGACCGUGUACAGCGAGUACGGCGUGGACGUGUUUGAUGUUCACACGGCCGAGUGGGUCCAGACCAUCUCCUUACGCAAGAUCAGACCCCUGAACGUUGAAGGGACCCUCAACCUGCUGACUUCAGAAGCUCCUCGCCUCAUUUACUUCAGCAACGCGUCCUCAGAGGGAGACCUGACCAUCCCAGAGACGUCGGACCACAGCAGGAAGUUAAUGGUUCGAACUCGCAGCAAGAGGAAGUUUCUCUUCAAAGUUCCAGAGGAAGAGCGACUUCAGCAACGGAGGGAGAUGCUGAGGGAUCCUGAGUUGAGGUCCAAGAUGAUCUCGAACCCCACCAACUUCAACCACGUGGCUCACAUGGGACCAGGAGAUGGCAUGCAAGUUCUCAUGGACCUCCCCCUGGUUGGUGAUGUGGGCCCCCCAUCCCCGUCGCCCUCCCCAUCAUCCUCCACCUCCCGUCACACCCUCAUCUCCUCCCCCUCCCACUUUGAACACAUCUAUCACAUGACGUCAUCGUCAGCUGGCGUCUUCUUGCUGAAAGACUCCGCCUUCUCCUCCUCCCAGCAAAGUCUCCUGCAGCCCUCCUCCUCCUCUUCCUCUCCCUCCAUCUCCUCUCUGGGAAGGGGUGUGAUGUCUUCCACUCAAGAGGAUGCCGGCAAAGAUAAGCCCCGCCCACUGUCCAGCAUCUCUCGGCAGCAAAAGAGCAAGACGUACAUGACCCGCACGGCGUCUGAUUUUGGGGGAGGAGCUUCGUCUCGCGGCGCUCAUGAAGCGGACCAGGACUUGGACCGAGAGCCGGACUCUUACUCCACCCCAUCCAACAGCUCCAACCCCAGCAGCCCCCCCAGCCCCAAUUCCCCCCAUCGCAGUCAGCUGACUCUGGACUCUGAGCCUUGACGCACGCACACACACACGCACACACACACAAGCACACGCGCAGCUGCAGGGGCGACAUGGUUUCCAAUUUUAAUCCAAUUUUAUUGCGACGGCGUGACGAAAGCUUCCCGCUCUUAUUUUGGUUUUAAGUUUGUCUUGUUGCUAGGAAACGCUGCUGACGGCUGCCUUGUUUAACCCCCCCGCUAUGAAAUCAGUUUUCUUCUUCAUUCACAUCAUUUCCUGUUUGACUUUGGAGCAGCUGUUGCUAACUUCCUGCCGGGAAAAACAGACACUGUAUUGAAGUUGCACAUUGUUGUUGUAGGAAAAGAAAAAAAAAAGAAUUGAUUAUGUAUCAGUGAUCAUUAUCCUUCCACUUGCCCUUAACCUUUGACCUUACUUGCCAGGGGGUCGGGGGGCACUUCUGAACACUACUGCUUAGAUUCCCCCCCCUCCAAAAUCACCAGUUAAAAAUGUUUGUAAUGACAUGACAAGAUAACACCACAAAUAAAAGAAUCUACUGAUGAAAUGUGCUUCCUUUGCGUCGGCGAGCAGGAUGUGGCGAGCAGGGUGUGAGACGGAGGAGCCAAUCAGAGCAGAGCAUGCCAUCAGGUCAAACAUGAAAGACGCGAUGGAGUUGUUGAUCAUGACUGAAGAUGACGGGACAUACUAGUAUUUGUUAAUGACAAACUUUUUUAUUGUUUCCAACUAAAAAUGCCUUCAUUUUCGCCGCCCAGUCGCUGAUGCUUGUCAGUUUUUCCAGCGGAUUUGCUGCACGACAAAGAAAGGGUCGGAUGUCACAUGACGAUGCGGCCGAACGACAAUCCCUCUUCUUCCUCACCGGGUUGUUGAGCAGCUCGUCGAUCUUCCUGUCCUCCACCGACCCCGCCUCCACCUUGCCUCGGUAUCCCAGCAACAGCUGUCGGUCUUUCAAGUCCCGGGCCGUCUGAUUGGCAGAUGGAGGUCAAUGCACAUGCGCAGCGUGUUGGCUUUGCCCCGCCCCCAUGCACUCACGUUGAUGACGAUGUCGUGACAUUUGUGUUUCUGAGCCAGAGCGAUCCUCACGUCGGCAUCGUCCACCAGGCCCACGUAGUCCUGCAGCACCUGUCAAUCAAGUGUACUUGGAAGGUCAUCAGAAGCUGAAGAACCACUGAGGUGGACUCGGAUUCUUCCAGAUGUCUCUCUCUCUCGCUCGUUAGGAGCUCACCUGCGUGGGGGCGGAGUUUUUCUGCAGGAUGUCAACAACUUUUUGGAAGCGGAGCGGAGAUUUUUUCCUGGUGAAGCCGAGCCAGUUGCGGCUGGUGAAAAGUGCGUCCACGUCGGACCACGCCUUCAGCUUGGCCCGCGCCGCCAAGGCAGUCACCAAGAACUGCUUCUCCGAGAUCUGGGAUCACAGGGUGGCAGCUCCUCGCAUCCCGAAUCAACGCUCAACGUGCAUCAAACUCAUCCCUGCUCACCUUGAAGCUCUGCCGGAUGUUGAGCGGACUGCUGAAGCUCCCCUGGAGAAGCAGAAGGACUUAUCAAAGUGAGCAAAGUGGAAGUGAAAGUGGACUGACCUCCGGCUGAGUGUAGUGGUAGAAGCAGCAGUAGUACAAGGUGGUGACGAGCGGCAUGUGGAGGAUGGAAGCUCUCCUGGGGAACUUCUGGAAGAUCUCCAGCUUCCCGCUUUUUUCAGCCUGACGGUCUGCUGCCUGGCAACCACAAAGAACCACCAACCAACCUGACUGGAGAACUUUUGGAAAUUAAAAAAAAAAUACAAAAUGGUGCCUGCAUCACCUCCAUUAUCAUCUGCCUCUCCAGCAGUGACACCUGAUCCUGAACCUGGACCUGGUCUUCGGGAGAAAACUGCAGACUGCAAACAAACGAGUCAACCAGCAUGAGCGCCUUCACCGAGUCCAGCUUGCCAAUCGCCUCCGUCACCUCAGGCAGCUCUUCAGGAAGUCCCGCCUCUUAUUUUCAUCUGUGAUG